AUGGCUCAUUUAUUUUGCGACAUUUCCCUCUACAAAAAUUUUGGCAAACCCAUGAUAUGGCUUUUUAAGUUUGACGUUUGGAUUCUUUUGAAAAAAUGGAUCUUAGUCGAUAAAAAGAGGCGAAUGGCUCAUUUACGAAAAUUGUUUCAAGCAAUUCGAACCAAUUUUUUAUCACAAGAAGAGGUUUCUGAGGAGAAAAUAAUUGCAUAA